AUGCUGCUGUCCGUUGGUGACGCCGUCGGCCUCCCCAGCUACCUGAGCGGCCUGACCGAGUUCCUGCGUCUGUUCGUGACGCUUCACCUGCGCCGGCUGGAGGCCUGGCCCCAGUUCCCGGUGCUGGACCUGCUGGCUCUACUGUUCCGCUACACCUUCCUGCAGCCCGACCUGGACGCCUACUACGGCUGCCUGGACAUCUGGGCCGUGUUCCUCGACCAUCUGGCCACCAAGUGCAGCCUCAAGACUGAGAACCGCGAGGCUGUCGCCGCCAAGUACCACGAGGCGGUGCUGUCGCUGGCGGGCCAGGCGCUGCAGCGGACGCAGCUGCGGCGGCACGGCGCCGAGCUGGAGCGGCUGGACGACGAGCGCGAGGACCCGGACGGCCAGACCGAGUGGAGCGAGCUGCUGCGGCGCACGGCCGACCUGCUGGAGCGCGUGGCCACGCUCUACCCGCUGGACGUGCGCGCUCUGCUGCUGACCGGCUGGCACGAGACGCUCGAGCCGUAUGUGUCGCUGCCGUCCCUGCUGGUGAGCGCCGCCGCGUUCGGCUCCGCUCAGCGGCUGCACGAGGCCGAGCUGCCGCCGGGCGCGCUGCGGCCCACCCUGGUGGAGGUGCACGCCCAGAGCCUGGCCACGCUGCGGCCCUGGUGCCACUGGAUGACGGCCGCGCUCGCCGGCCACCUCUCCACCAGCGUUCAG